ACAGAGAAACAACAACGUCGUCAACGUUUGCGUUAGAUCUAAGAGGUAACCCUGAUUACUUUCAUUGGAAACAAAGCAAUUCGGAAACCAACAUCCCCAGUCACACAGCAAGUGAAAAGUAGAUCGAAGCGCUCGAGUUGAAAUUAUGAACGUUCGUAGGUUAUUAAAUUAGCGUUUGGAUUCUUGGGAAGCUUGAAUUGAUGAGAAAAUGCGGGAAAAAUUAUAACCGGAGGUAGCUAAUCUAAUGGCAUUAGAUUCUUGGAGGGGUUGAUUGUCAUAAGUUAGGGUGGGUUCGAAAAACGGAGUGGAUCGGAUGGACAAGAACAAGAGCCGUACCGAUCUGCUCGCCGCUGGACGUAAGAAGCUUCAACAGUUUCGACAGAAGAAGGAUGGUAAAGGCAGUAGCAGCCAUGGGAAAUCCUCAAAAAAAUCUAGUGCGCAUCAUGAAUCUGAUGCCGAGGCACCAUCUAGUACUUCCGAAAUGACAGUGUUGUCACAGGUUCCAGAAGCGAAUAGCGCUUCUCAUGUUGGUUCGAACCUGGGUUCUGAUGACUCUGCAGUGUCGCAUUCUCUUCAGAAUUCAUUAGAUUCAGAUUCUGGCAUUUACACGUUUGAUCCACUUUUGGUUCCUGUUACACUUGAGACUGGUGUAGUUGAUACAGAAAUGGUUCAUAAUUCUGAGUUACCUUUGUCGAAGGUUGAGGCUGAUGAGCAUGAUGUUGGUUCCUCAGUUACAAAUGAAGUGGAAAGUACAGGAACCUUAGAUUCUGAGGUGGCAGGUUUCAUACCUUUGGAAACUUCGGUUAUUCAUGAUUCUGAAGGUGUGGCGGCCAGAAAUGAAAAGGAGAGUGAGAUCACGGGAGGGCAGGAUGCUCACAUGAAAUUAAUUCAAGCUGGAGACCAGGUAACAGAUGUAGGGGCAAUGCAGGAAGCUGAUGGUUUGGGUUUCAGGCACAUUGAUAGAAGCGGUGAAUUAGAGCUUCAAGAAGAUGGGAGGCUCACAGUGUCAGAUUAUGAUGGAAGUGAUGAAACUAUUUCUGCUUCAAGAGGGAACAAUGUGGAAGGGGCAAAUUAUAAAACAGAGCAAAGCAGUGGGCUAGAAGAUGCAUGUGCAGCCAACAAGCCAGAUGUGGUUCUUCCUUCAGCUGCCAGUCCUCAAGCAGCGAAUCAGCCACCAGAUAUUUUAGCCGAAGAUGAAAAAAGAUCAGAAACUGUGUUUGGUUUUGAUGAACACAGAAAUGGUGGGAGAGCGGUUGAUGCAGAGGAUGGAAUGGUAGGAGAAAUGCGUGAUCAGCGAAAUGUGCCCGAUGGAUCUUUUAUCUCCGAGGUACAGAGCCAUGAAAGGCCCUCAGGAUUUAAAAUAUCUAAUUCAUCUUGUUUAUUCACGGGCACGGCUUCUUCUCCUGGAGAUGUAAGCUCACUCAGCCUUUCACAGCUUGCAGAGGUGAUUAAAGGUCUUGGUGAGGAUGAGUAUAGCUUUCUGCUCAAGUCGAGGGAGUCAGUUCUAAACGCAGGGUUGAGUACUGAUAGUUUGAUCAUUCCUCAGUAUGCCUCUUCAGAGUUUUUGGAGAUGCUUAAAGAAGAAUUGUUUCUCGCUAGAUUUGUGAAAGAUGUGCUGGAAAUGCAACUUGCUGAGCAGUCUGAUAUGGAAACACAGUUUGAUUGCCAGCACAUUCAGUUAGUUGAUGAAAUAUCGAUGCUUCGCAGUUCACUCAAUGAAGCACACGAGAAUGGUGAAAGUCUUGCCAAGGACGUUGCAGAUUACAGGUCUGAAUUUCAGGCUGUUUCUAGUGGGAAAGAGGAGCUUCAAAAGCAUUAUAAUUUACUGAAGGAAGAGUUUGAGGAGUCUUCUGCUAGAAUACAUGAGUUGCAGAUUAGUCUUGAAAAUUCUCAAGGGGACUUGUCAAGCCUCUCAGUGGAGUUAGCUGACUGCAAAAGUUUGAUGGUAAAUGUACAGGCUGAAAACGAGAACUUGAACAAGACUCUAUCUUGUACAAAUGAGGAGAGAAUGAAACUUCUGGAGGAAAAGGAUACUUGUCUCCUUGAAAAUGAGAAGCUAUUGAAAGAGUUAGCUGACUGCAAGAGUUUGAUUGCUGCUCUCCAGGUUGAAAGUUCCAACUUAAGUGGGUCACUUGCCUCGUUGACAGAGGAGAGAAAUAAAGCUAUGGAGGAAAAACAUUCUUGUCUCCUUGAAACUGAGAAGAUAUUGACGGAGGUAGCUGACUGCAGGAGUUUGAUUACUUCUCUUCAGGUGAAAAAUUCCCACUUAGAUGGAACUCUUGCCUCAGUGACAGAUGAGAGAAACAAGCUUGAAGAGGAAAAAAAGAAUCUCAUUCAUGAUAACGAGAAGCUAUCAGUGGACUUGUUUGACUUUAAGCGUUUGGUGGAUGCACUGCAGGUGGAAAAUGCCAACUUGAAUAGGAACCUUGCUUCGACAACAGAGAAGAUAGAGAAAUUGACAGAGGAUAAGAUUCAUUUUGUUCCCGGGGCAGAGAGAAUGCUAGUAUCUUCUGUAUUAGAGAAACCCCCAUCUGAUUGCCUUGCAGGAGGGCCACCUCCUGAGCUGCCUGAACAUGAAACAAAUAAUUCUUUUGAGUUUGAAAAUUUGAAGAAACACUUGUUAGAUGCAGAAAAAGGGUUGAUAAAUAUUGAAAAGGCAAUUGAAGUAUUGCACUCUCAUUCAGCAUCUUUCUAUAGAACUGGUGGCAAAAUAGCUGCGCCAGGGGUGUCAAAACUGAUUAAAGCCUUUGAGUCAAAGGUGCUUGAUGAUGAUGAUGAGGUAGGGGACACAGCUGCUACUGAUGAUCAAUUACCUGCCGAUUUAAUGACCUCAACAAAAGUGCAAGCAGAAAAUCUAAGAGCAGUGCUUAAGCAGUUGAUUAUGGAUGCGAAGCAUGCUGAUAUACUGCUCAAGGGUGAGAAAGAGGGUAGAGAAGCGGCUAAUGCUGUAUACAAGGAGCUCAAGUUUCAAUUUGACGAUUUGAAGGAACACUGUGACAAUUUGGAAGCAAGUAACAUAGAGACUGAGGUUCUAUAUGAAGCUGUGAGGCAACAUGUUGAAGAUGUUGAAAAUAAAAACAAUGAGCUUCAAGUUCUCUGUGAAGCUUUGAGGCUACAUGAUACAAGUCUUACUGCAGAAAGCAGAAAACUUGAUGAAAAGCUUGGUGACUAUGAGUCAAGAAUUGGUGAAUUGCAGAGUCACCUGUAUCACUUGCAGCUGACUUCAGAUGAGGCAGCUUCUGUGCUACGUGAUCAAUUAGAAAGUUUAGAGAGGGAAGCAACUGAGGUGGCUCAAAUGCGUGAGCAAGAACAUAGUUCCAUGGUUGCUCAGAUUGUUGAAAGUGCUGGGAGGCUCAAUGAGUCUGCUGGUAGAUCGUUCUCCUUCUCGACUGUAACAAACGAGGACUUGGAUAUAAUUAGCCUUGUUGCUUCUUUUGUUAAUACUGCUGUUCAGGUGAUUGAAGAUAGGCAGAGGAAACUUGAAACUACUCGGGCAGACUAUGAAGCGAUAUACAGUAUGUAUGAAGCGGGGAAUGAGAAGUUUAAUAAUUUGCUCAGAGAGAAUGAAUUGGCUGGUGGUAUAUUGUGUCAGAUGUAUGGUGAUCUCAGGAAACUCGUUUCUUCACAUAGAUAUGUGGAAAAGACUGAGAUGAAUAUUCAAAAUGAGAAACUACCCGAUCCUAUUGAUUACAGUCACUAUAAAAUCGUCAUGGAUCAACUGGAUAAGUUUCUAGGUGAGAAGCUGCAACUUCAGUCGGUGAAUGACAAGCUAAAUUCAGAGUUAAAGACCAUAACAAAAGAUGUGGAGGAAUUGAAAGGAAGAUGUUUUGAUUUAAAUGUCCUUCAAAAUUUGAUUGAGGAUGUGGAGAGUGCAGUUGAAAUGGAAGCUGCUGAGAGUGUUGUGGAUAAAACUCCUGUUUCACAUCUAGAAUCCGUGGUAUCUUUACUUGUCCAAAAACACAGAGAGGCUCACCACCAGAUGAACUCUUCUGGACACAUGCUUGGAUCCAAGGAGACUGAACUGAUGGAAAUGAAGGAGAAAUUACAUCAGUUAGAUGCAUCGGAACUCCAACAUGAAAAUGAGAUCUUAGUUCUCAGGGAAAGUCUAAAGCAGGCAAAUGAAGCUCUCAGUGCUGUGCAAUCUGACUUGCAGAAAAAAACAAGUGAAGUUGAGCAGUCGGAGCAGCGGGUUUCUUCUUUAAGAGAGAAGCUUAGCGUAGCAGUUGCCAAGGGGAAGGGAUUGGUUGUACAGCGCGACAGUCUCAAGCAGUCACUGGCAGAUGUAUCUAGUAAACUGGAGAGGUGCUCGCAUGAGUUACAGUUGAAAGAUGCCCGAAUCCAUGAGGUAGAAGCAAAAUUUAAAACCUAUUCUGAGGCUGGUGAGCGUGCGGAAGCCUUGGAAUCUGAACUUUCAUACAUUCGCAAUUCAGCUACUGCAUUAAGAGAAUCGUUUCUUCUCAAAGAUUCUGUUCUUCAGAGAGUAGAAGAGAUUUUAGAAGACCUUGAUCUUCCAGAAAAUUUUCAUUCAAGAGAUAUAAUAGAAAAGGUUGAUUGGUUGGCAAGGUCGGUUAAUGCUAAUUCUGCACCAACUACUGAUUGGGAUCAGAAGAGUUCUGCCAUAGUUUCAUACUCAGAUACUGGUCUUGCUGUGAUGGAUUCCUGGAAAGAGGAUGCACAUCCAAGUUCAGAUUCUGGGGAUGAUGUGAGAAUAAAAUAUGAAGAGCUACAAAGUAAGUUUUAUGGCCUGGCAGAACAAAAUGAGAUGCUGGAGCAAUCACUGAUGGAGAGGAACCACUUGGUGCAGAGAUGGGAAGAACUAUUGGAAAGGAUUAACAUGCCUGCACACUUGCGGUCCAUGGAACCAGAAGGUAGGAUUGAGUGGCUAGGAAGUGCACUCUCAGAUGCAAACCAUGAUAGAAAUUCUCUGCUGCAGAAGGUAGAUGAUAUUGAGAGCUACUGCAAAUCACUGGAAGCUGAUUUGGAUAUGUCACAGAAGAGAACAUCUGGCCUUAUGGCUGAUUUGGAAGAUUCACAAGUAAGAAUGUCCGACUUAACUGUGGAUUUGGACAAGUCACAGAGUAGAAUUGUUGACCUUGAGGCUGACCUUCAAGCAGCUAUCCAUGAAAGAGAGAACCUUUCUGAGAGAUUGGAUAUUCUGACUCAUAAUUCUGAGAAGCUCUCAGCACGGCUAGUCCAAUUUGCACUUGAGGAGGAACUUUUACGCAAUGAAGUUGCCAGUUUGCAUGAGAAAUUGGUUCGGAAGCUUGGAAAUGAGGAGCAUAUGCACGGCCUUGAAAGUGAGAUAAGGAGGUUGAGGGACUUGGUUUGUGAUGCACUGCAGCAUGCCGGCAUUGAAGUUGAUUUUUCAGAAGGAAGAAAUCUAGAUUACUUUGAAGGACUUCUGGGAAAGCUCAAAGAGAACUGUAAAAACUUUCCUUCAGCAAAUCCUUUGCUUGACGAGGCAGUUCAUGUGCACCUUACUGAGGAAUCUGAUGCUAAUUGGGAUGUAGCAAGAACUAGGUAUACCCAGGAGAGCAAUGAACCGAGUGUAGCUUUUCUGAAGCAAGAGCUGGACAAGGCUUUGACUGAAUUGAUGUGUGUGAAGGAGGAGCGAGAUACAUGUAUUGAGAAGCAACAAUCUUUGACUUUUGAAGUUGUAGCACUCAAUAGAAAAGUGGAGGAGGUUCUUGAACUACUUAAUCAGGAGGAACAGAAGUCUGCCUCUGUCCGGGAGAAGCUGGGUGUCGCUGUUAGAAAGGGGAAAUCAUUGGUGCAACAGCGGGAUGCUCUGAAACAAUCCAUUGGAGAGAUGAAUGCGGAGGUGGAACACUUGAAGUCUGAGAUUGACCACCGGGAAAAUGCUCUUGCGGAUUAUGAGCAGAAGAUCAAGGACUUGUCCGGUUACUCUGAAAGGGUAGAUGCUCUUGAAUCUGAGAGUUCACUCCAAAGAAUUCGUUUGACUGAAACUGAGCACUUAUUGCAGGAGAAAGUGGAUAAUUUAAUGUUGAUCAUGAAUAUUUUGAGUGAGAUUGACGUUGGUGGUGAAGUUCAUUCCAGUAAUCCAAUUAAGAAGUUGGAGCAGAUUGGGGCAUUGUGCCAUCAUUUGCAUGCUGCUGUGGCUUCUUCUGAGCAGGGGUCUACGAAAUCUAAAAGAGCAGCGGAGCUGCUGCUUGCUGAGCUUAAUGAAGUUCAAGAGCGCAAUGAUACUCUCCAAGAGGAGCUUGCAAAAUUAGCUAGUGAACUUACAACACUUUCCAAGGAAAGGGAUGAAGCACAGGCUGCCCAACUUGAAGCUCUUUCACAUAUUGAAAAGUUAUCACUAGUUCAGUCAGAGGAAAGAAAGAAGCAGUAUUCUGAAUUUAUAGCAUUAGAAUCUGGCUUAACUCAACUUAGGAAGAGCUUCAGUGAUACCAAUAAGCAACUAGCUGAUAUUUUCUUAAAGGACUUGAAGUUUUUGCACAAUUUGGAGGUUGUUACUGAAUCAAUUCUGAAUCAUUCUGAUGGUAAUGAUGCCAUAGUUGUGCCAAUAUUGGAUGCAUCUGAUGGCAUUUCUUACAGCUAUUCGGAUUACAAGGACAUUUCUUUUCAGGAAAACUUUCUUCCUGGAGAGUUUUUGUCAGAGUCCAAUAUGUUGGACCAUUUUAAUGAAAAUGCUAUAAUACAAGUUCGUAAUUCUGUUGGGUGUCACAUGCUCGAAUUCGUGAAAGAAAUACAUGCUCUUAAUGUAAAACUAUAUGAGCACUCAACUUCGUUACAAGAACAGGCAAGAACUCUUGCUGAAGUUAUGGGUGUCUUCCUCAGGGAAAGGACUUCUCAGAAAGAGUCUUAUGAAUCUAUGAAGAGAGAGAUUUUGCAUAUAGAUUCAGUAAAAAGGGAAAAAGACAUGGAAAUUGUUACUUUGCACAAAAACCUGGCAUUGCUUUAUGAAGCUUGUACUGGUUCUGUUGUGGAGCUUGAAUAUAUGCAGCUUGAACUGGUAGGUUCUUUGGCAGCUGGUGAUCUAGGGGUGAACUCAAAACCAGAAAUAUUUACUGAUGGCGGACAUUCUUUUGGUGGACAAACUCAUUUCUCAUCUGAGAAACACAUCAAGACUAUGGCGGAUAGAUUACGAUUGGUUGUGAAGAAUUUUGCCGGCGUGAAAGAUGACAUUGUGGCUGGUAGCCAUAAGGAAACGAAAAUUGCAAUAGCUAAUUUGCAGAAAGAGCUUCAGGAGAAGGACAUCCAAAAGGAGAGGAUUUGUAUGGAGCUUGUCAAUCAAAUCAAGGAAGCCGAAGCUGCUGCAAGAGCUUAUUUGCUGGAUCUUCAAUCUUCGAAUGCUCAGGUUCAUGAUUUGCAGAAAAGGGUGAAAGAAAUACAGGAGGAACGAAACUCAUUGGAGAGCAGAGUGAAGGAGCUGCAAGACGAGCAAGCUUCAUUGACAGAGUUGCAGGGCAGGGUCAAGUCACUUACUCAUAUUCUGGCUGCAAAAGAGCAAGAAAUUGAGUCUCUUAUGCAAGCACUUGAUGAGGAGGAGGUCCAGAUGGAAGAUUUGACAAAAAAAGUCGUGGAACUGGAAAAAGUUGUGCAACAAAAGAAUUUAGAUGUAGAGAACCUCGAAGCUGCUCGUGGAAAGGUUAUGAAAAAGCUUUCUGUCACUGUUAGCAGGUUUGAUGAGCUUCAUCAUCUGUCUGAAAGCCUUCUUGCUGAAGUUGAAAGGCUUCAAUCACAAUUGCAUGAUCGUGAUGCUGAGAUCUCUUUCUUAAGGCAAGAGGUCACUAGAUGCACCAAUGAUGUUCUUGUUGCAUCUCAGAUUAGUGAGAAGAAAAGCUCAGAUGAGAUCCAUGAGUUUUUGAUGUGGUGUGGAAAGUUGGUUUCUCAAGCUGGGGGGCAAGAUAUGAAUCUUGAUGAUGACAAGAGCAACCAGUCGCACGAGUACAAGGAGGUACUGCAGAAGAAAAUGACUUCUAUUUUAUCAGAAUUGGAGGAUUUAAGGGUGGUGGCCCAGAGUCAGGAUGAUUCGUUGCAAGUAGAAAGGAGCAAAGUGGAAGAAUUAUCACGGAAAUCACAAUUCCUUGAGAAGUCUUUGCGUGAGAAGGACUCUCGAAUGAAUAUGCUUGAAGGUGUGGGAGAUUCAAGACGGGAAACUGGCAUGACCUCUGAAAUUUUGGAAGUUGAACCUGCGAUAAACAAGUGGGCAGUCAAGGGUCCCUCCACGGCAUCCCAAGUUCGCAGUCUGCGCAAAGGAAACAAUGAUCAGGUUGCUAUUGCUAUAGAUAUGGAUCCUGUUGAUACCAAAAGAUUAGAAGAUGAAGAUGAUGAUAAAGUUCAUGGUUUCAAGUCGCUUACAACAUCAAGAAUUGUGCCAAGGUUUACAAGACCCGUGACAGACAUGGUCGAUGGUUUGUGGGUUUCUUGUGAUCGGGCACUGAUGCGACAACCUGCCUUACGACUUGGUAUUAUGAUCUAUUGGGCGAUAUUGCAUGCACUUCUUGCAACUUUUGUUGUUUGAUGAGCCAUACUGAUACUGGUUCCCAGUUGAUUUUGGGGUCAGAGACCCUGAAAGAGUUCUGACCAUGAUUGCCCUGUUGGGCUAGUUGUCCAUCUCCCUAUGUAAUAUCAUUGAAUUUUCUUUCUCAAAUGUGGUCAGAUUGAUUUUUUAUUGCCAGGCAGCUGUGGUUUUCUCUUGUUUUUUUUGAUUUUGCAAAUCUCAGACUGCAUGGUGGAAUCGAAUAAGGAUAAAAAUCCUAGAUAUCGGCACAUAGGAUAUGGAUUCUAAAUAUUUUUUAAUCCUAAAGGAAGCGGUGAUGCAUCACUUUGUAUGUUGUUGUUGUUGUUUUUUAUUUGUUACUUUUAAUUAUAGCCCGUACAUAUUUGGAACAUGGUGAGGCAUGCUCCCCGUUGGCAAUUUUGUGUACUGUAGAUUGUGUGCAUCAUUGUUAAAACUUUUGGUUUGA